AACUGUCUGGAAAUGGAGCGAUAUUUGAAGAAUGAGCCCAAGCUGACAUCCUUUAAAAAACUUUCUCAUCAAAUGAAGAAUCCUCACAAUGCAUUAUGGAAACACUCCAACACAGAGGCCUCGGGUAACCAUGACGGAUAUGACUUGGGCGAUACAUCCUGUAGAGAACAUAGUUUGAAUCCUAGCAGCACUGCCGAACACAGACUAAGUCUAAACGACGAGAGUUCGUGCUCACCGUUCAGUAGUCAUGGGGCUACAGAGUAUGUAGAUUUUGAAGUUCCAGACUCGGAAAUAGAUCCCGAUGAUAUUCCAGACAUCUGUGAUGAAAUCCACGAUUGUGAAGAUGAUGACAGUGACUUAGAUGAAGAAGUGGAACAUUGUGACAGGUUGGAGGAACUGGCAAAACUUAAUAUCAGUGACGUUUUGUCGGACAGACUAUCCGAUGCCGUCAGUCUCAACAGUUUUAGCUCAUCUUCUAGCAGAGUUUCAUGGGACAGUAAUAUCAGCGACCCACCUAUAUCUCCAUCAAGGUAUAAAUCCAACGAUCCAUUUGCCUUGAAGCUAGUUGCUCAGCCAGGAAGAACAGAGUCGGUCCGGUCGUAUUCUGCAGAUUUUGCCCACAAGCAUAAACUAAUGCUCAGUUCAGCUGAUACUGCAAAAUUCCGUGCGUUGCAGCAUCCGCAGCACGCUCAGCAUCAUCAUAAUGUGCACAUUUCACAAGGCCACUCAACAGCUCUAGUGUCAGGGUCUCAUUCUCCACAGAGCUUAGUCCAGAGACCUCCUGUACCACCAUUAGCUCAGCGAACAAAAGUUGACGCUAGUCCGGAUAACAGGCGGCGGAUUCACAAAUGCCCAUACAAUGGAUGCAGGAAAAUCUAUACAAAGAGUUCACACUUGAAAGCACAUUUACGUACUCAUACUGGUGAAAAACCAUACAAGUGCACGUGGGAGGGAUGCGAGUGGAGAUUUGCCAGAUCUGAUGAGCUGACUCGCCACUACAGAAAACAUACCGGUGCCAAACCAUUUCAGUGCCGUUUCUGCCCCAGGUGUUUCUCCAGAAGUGACCACCUUGCUUUGCACAUGAAGCGACACUCUAGCAUGGACUUGUAA